AUGAAAUCUCAAUUGUUGCAGCAAGUGGCAACGCCGACAGUUGUGAAGAAGAUACUGCGGCUGAAACAAGAGAACCCCGGCAUGUUCGCUUGGGAGAUCAGAGAGAGGCUGCUCAGCGCGAGGGUGUGCGAACCCCACUCGAUACCUUCGGUCUCCUCAGUGAACAGGAUCCUGAGGAACAGCGGGCUCGCGUGGAGUGACGAAGAACCUAGAUCUGGUCAUGAACCGUACCCGCCGCCGGAGGUGUCGCCCAACGUUAUGGAGUACAUGUCGCUGAAAACGUCACUAGCGCCAACAAACAUGCCGGCCCAACAGAGCUCCCCCUACUUCGCGCACUCCGCCGUCCGGAUGCACCCGUCGCAACCAACGGACCCAACUCAUAUGUACGACAGAAGGCUGGCGACGUCUUGGCUCCUGGCGAACCAGGUGCAAGCGCAGGGGCUGCUGAAGCCCUACCCGAUCUCCCCCUGGCAACGACUGAUGAUGCCCUACCACGCGGACGCCAAGAGCUUCGGCCCUUACGCGCUCAGCCUCCACAGCGAGCUCCUAAACAGGAUAAAUCCCGACGAGGUAAAAUCGGAGACCUCCGAACACGUCUCCGUCGAAGCCAGCGACGACAGCACAGACAGGCUAGACGACGAACGUGACAACAAGAGCUCGAAGGACAAGGAAAAGAAGAAGAAUCCCUAUUCGAUCGAGGAGUUGCUGAAGAAACCAGACAAAAUCGCGAACCCCUACCCGAUCGCGUUCCAGAACAUUCUGCGUCAACCCAGCGGCAGUAUGGUCGAGUACCACAGUCUAGAGAAAACCUCCAGCGACAGAAGCUCGCCCGCCAGCUACUGCUCGGUGCAGAGCGGUGUUUCGAACGACUGUUUCAACGAAACCGCGAGCUCGGAAAUAAAGGCGGGAAAU